UCAACGUCCAUUCUGGUGUGCCCUAGGGAUCGGUCCUCGGACCAAGUUUAUUUCUUUAUUUCAUUUGGGCCUAAACUCUACCGUCCGCUUGUUCGCAGACAACACUAUCGCUUAUCUAGUUGUCAAGUCUAACAGUGAUGCUGAAACUCUGCAGCAAGACUUGGACAAACUGGCGCUCUGGGAAAAGACAUGGAAGAUGGCCUAGCUUCCACCCGAACAAGUGUAAUGUGUUGUCUGUGAACAAGGGGGAAAACCCCAUUAUCCAUAAUUACAUCCUCCAUGGGCAAACGCUAGAACAUGUAGACCAAGCAAAAUACCUGAGUGUUACAAUCCAAUCUUAACUAAAAAAGGGAUUCCCACAUAAAUAAUAUUACCAACAAAGCAAAUUCCACACUUGGCUUCCUCCGUCGAAACUUAAAAAUAGGUUCAACAUCAGUUAAGGCACAGGCAUACAAAUCAUAUAAGUCUGUCCAUCCCUAGAGUAUGCCUGUCCUGUUUGGGACCCAUGCAUACACCCAGGAUAACAUCAACAAAAUUGAAAUGGUACAACCCAGGACUGCUCGUUACAUACUCAACAAAAACGUCUACACUUAUAGAACAUCAAGUGUCUCUAAUAUGUUAAACCAUCUUAAAUGGCGAUCCCUUGACGACAGACUGCGAGACACAAGCCUAUGUAUGAUGUUCAAAAUUGUGAACAAUUAGGUAGCUAUUAGUAAACACACUAGACUUAUACCAGCAACCAGGCAAUCAAGGCAUGCCCAUCACCAAUCCUUCCAAAUACCACACUGCAGAACCCAGAAAGCCCAGCCCUCAAGAUGGAUCAGUCUACUUUAGAUUAUAUAGCCAACACGUUAGACAUCAAGUACAAAGUCACAGACAAUGUAGAGGCAAGGAAAACAUACAUAGCCAAAAUGAUCUUAACUAAUACAGGUGACGUCCCAUUAACUGGAAAAGGAAAGUGGGCUAUUUACUUCUGUCAUAUCCGCAUGUUGGAACCCCAGACACUUCCGGAUGCCGAUCAGAUUUGUAUGAAAAAUUAUGGUGUCAAGUUUUGCCAUGUAAACGGAUGUCUUUUCACACUGGAACCUUUAAAAUCAUUUAAAACUUUAAACAAAGAUGAAAGUCUAGAGAUCACAUUUACAGCCGAGUACUACUCUGUUGCUAGAUCAGAUCUGAUGCCUAACUGGUACAUAACAUGUAAGGAUCUGAUACCAACGAUUAUACAGAGUACACAGGGAGAAGAACUUGGCUACAUUUUGCCAUUUGACACUCCAGAAAGCUGGAAAAGACAUAGAUGGGACGAGUAUGAUCCAUUUACCCCAGAAGUAAGGUACGAGAAGAACAACGUGGAAGAUUUGGGCAAGGCUGGAUGCCUUGUGACACCUACACCUUACCGCCUCACAUUGAUCAGCGAUGGAACAUUGGACCUCUCAAAACAACCAUGGUGCAUAGUGGCCUCCCAGGAUGUGAUGCAGGAAGCUGAGUUCCUUCUAGAAAAGUCUGCUUCAGUCAAACUUGAUCUUCAAACCAAUAAGAUUCUAAAACCUGACCAGAAUCAUGCAAUAUCGCUAAAAAUUGGUCCAGUCACAGAAAAUGGGGAAGAAAGCAACAAAAGUGCUGGCAUGGAUGCCUAUGAAUUAACUGUGAAACUUGAAGAAAAAGUCAUAGAAGUCAUUGGUAGUUCUGCCAGAGGAGUAUUCUAUGGUGUUCAGACUCUCAUUUCCUUACUUGAAAGAUGUGAGGUGCCACAUGUUCACAUUGUGGACUUUCCGAGGUACUCUUACCGAGGAAUGCAUUUGGAUGUGUCGCGCAACUUUCAUAAAAAGGAGUCGGUACUCAAACUGCUAGAGGUUAUGGCCAUGUACAAGAUGAACAAGUUUCACUUUCAUCUGACUGACGAUGAAGGUUGGCGUCUGGAAAUCCCAGGUCUGGAGGAACUGACCUCUGUUGGAAGUCGUAGAGGUCAUGACCUUGAGGAGAAGACAUGUAUCCUUCCCAUGUUAGGAUCAGGCCCUAACUUUGAUACGUCGGGUUCUGGUUAUUACUCGGUAGAGGACUACAAGGAAAUUCUACGAUUUGCAAAACGGCGUCACAUUGAGGUCAUUCCAGAGAUUGACAUGCCAGGUCACAGUCACGCUGCAAUAAAGGCUAUGCAGGCUCGGUACUACAAGUUCCAAGAGGCCAACGAUACGGAAUCGGCAAAGGAAUAUCUGCUGACUGACUUCCAUGAUACUUCUAGUCUUUCUACAUCUGUUCAAAUGUAUUCUGAAAAUUCUAUGAAUCCUGGUUUGGAAUCGACGUAUAAUUUUGUCAAAAAAAUUGUGAAGGAGUUAAAGGAAAUGCAUGACGACAUCGAACCGUUGAAAAUAUUCCACUUCGGGGGAGACGAGGUACCAUAUAAGGCAUGGAAAAAGUCAGCUGCCUGUGAAAAACUUAUCGACACUGGAGAAGUUGAAUCGUUUGAUAAGCUGAUGGAGUACUUUGUUAAGAGGCUUGCGGAGGUGGUUGCUAAGCAGGGAUUGUCACUUGGUGCCUGGCAAGAUGGUCUCAUCCACAGUGGGACCACUCCCGUGGAAAGGACAGCGUUUCCAAGUGAGGAAGUGCUGGCUUAUGCAUGGCAGAAUGUGUGGGAGUCUGGUCUAGCCGGAUUCGCUUACAAACUUGCCAAUGCUGGCUAUAAGGUGGUUAUGUCUCAGGCGACCCACUUAUAUUUCGACCACCCUUAUGAACCUGACCCGGAGGAGAUUGGAUUGUAUUGGGCAACCCGGUACAUAGACACACGGAAAACAUUCAACUUCAUGCCAGACAACAUCUUCGCCAAUGCUGACGUAAAAUUGACGGGGAAAGUCCUCUCAAGAGAAGACGUUAAAAAGUGUAAUGAGGGCAAUGACGUACUAAUUGAAAAGCAAAAUGUGAUAGGUAUGCAGGGACAGCUGUGGAGUGAGCUUGUGAGGACCUCAGAUGCCCUUCACUCCAUGAUCCACCCACGCCUUCAGGCACUGGCCGAACGAGCCUGGCACAAAGCACCAUGGGAGGAAGUUGCUGACGUGGAUAAAAGGAAAGAAGACCAAACUGCAGACUGGACAAAGUUUUCGAACUCUCUUGGAUACAGAGAACUGCACAGGCUGGAUAAAAUGGGUGUGACUUAUCACAUUCCUCCUCCCGGGGCUAGGAUUGAAGGUGAUAAAUUAAGCGUGACAUCAGCCUACCCUGGACUCCCACUGUGUUACAGUACAGACAAUGGCACUACCUGGCAGGAUGUGAAAGACAGUGUCAAGGUUGACCCAGGGGUCACAGUGCAUAUUGUAUGCAAGUCCACAGACAGAUCACGGUCCAGUCGGAGGGUGACACUGACUGUUCCAGCAGCUAACUCUUCUCUGUGAUAGUCAUCGAUGGAAAUGACGUUGUGAUGAUACCGAUCUAUUAUACAAUAUUUUACUGGACUUGAACUUUUUACAAUCCUAUGUAUGACAUUAUGCUGAUUGUAAUACAUGUAUGAUCCCUAUGUACAGGGUACCACGGAAUUAGAUUAUAUAAGUUCGUGAGAGUACUGACAAUAAUUAGGAAACAAAAUUCAAAGUACAUCCACAAUAUUAUAUAAAUGUGAUCCAACCUUGUGCUUGAUAUUGCACUGAAUAACGUGCGUUAUUAAUUUUGUCUGCAAUCCUGUUCCUUGUUAAAGGCUCAUAACACUGAACAGAAUGCUGUAUAAUGCUUAAAUAGACUAUAACACUCUAGAUGAAAAAACAACCUUUUAAUAUAAAAAAAACCACAGUAUUGAGACUGUUUUUUCAUCUAGUGUUAAAUUUCUUUGAUAUAAACUAAAUAAACUAGGAAUUACUGGUAACCUCUUUUCAGCUAUAAAGUCUUUAUAUAAAAAUGUACUAAGCUGUGUGAGAGUAAAUGGAUUAAGUAUGGAGUGGUUUGACGUGACGUGCGGUUUAAAACAAGGAUGUACUUUAUCACCGAUUUUAUUCAACUUGUAUAUUAAUGACCUAAUAACAUAUUUGAAUAGUUUGGGGGCUGAUAUAGAGAUAACGGAGCAUAAAAUAUGUGCCCUACUCUAUGCAGAUGAUCUGGUGAUCAUGGCUAGUACUGAGCGUGGUCUCCAGUUAUUACUAAAUGGUCUUAAUACUUAGUGUGAAUCCAAUAAACUUAAUAUUAACGCUGAUAAGUCGGCUAUUGUACAUUUCCGUCCAACGUCUGUAACAGUCAGUGAUAGUAUGUUUUCGUGUGGGAAGCUAGACCUAGAAAUAUACAUACCUGGGUCUUACAUUUACGGAACACUUGGAUUUUAAUGUAACGGCAAAACUCGUGGCCAAAUCAGCGGGUAGAGCACUUGGUUUGUUAAUAGCUAAAUCUAAAUCAAUGGGAGGCUUACCAUAUAAAACCUUCACAAAACUGUAUGAGAGUACAGUGUGGCCAGUAAUUAGUUACGGUGCUGCUAUAUGAGGUACACGUACAUUUACGGUAGUUGUAUUGUGGCUAUUCAAAAUUGCGUAUGUAGAUUUUAUCUAGGCCUUGGUCGCUAUGCACCUAAUGUAGCUGUUAGCGGGGACAUGGGUUGGACUCCAGUUAUAGUGAACCAAUGGCAAGCUGUUUUUAGACAUUGGAGUCGUUUUCAUAAUCUGUCGGAUACUAGAUUGAAUAAGGCUGUAUUUACAUGGAGCGAGCAUAUAUCAGGUAACCACCGAAAUGAAAAUUGGAACUUCAGAGUAAUUUCCAGACUCGGGGAACUAGGCUUGGAUAACUAUAGCAUAGGUCCAAUUAAUAGUAAAAAUUUACUUAAGGACGCUAAGGUCCGUGGCUUGGAAUUGUUUAUUGAAAAUUGGAAAAGGGACCUUAACCGUCCCGGAGCCAAAACUUGUAUUUCUGGAGGUAACAAACUAAGUAUGUAAAGGUUAUUUAAGUUUAAUUAUGAGGUUGAAAAUUAUAAUAUGUUAGUAAUGCCUAAAUCACAUCGUAGUGCGCUAGCUAAGUUUAGGCGGGGGUUGCACCUUUGAGUGAAAGAAAGUGUUUCGCGUGUAAAAGCAUGGUAGAAACAGAGUCAUGUUUUAAUAGAAUGUAACUUGUAUGAUGAUCUCCGAUCGGGUCUAUUGCAGGAGGCUAAUAAAAUCACAAGUGAUUUUUACAAUAUGAGUAAAGAUGAAAAGUAAGCUGUAAUUCUAAGCAACCCUUACUUGGCGAGGUCCUGUGCCAAAACCUGUGCUAGUAUUCUUAAUCGACGUCGCAACUAGAUCUAUAAUUAAGCAGUAAUGUGUCUUUUAAUGUCAAUUAUUUUUAUAGUUUUAUAUUGGCAGAGUUUUUAAUUCAUAAGUAUGUACAUAUAUGUAAUACUUUUACAGUCUAGAAUCUAGAUAGGGGAAGAAGGAGUGUCUCGUAAGUCUAAUAUAGACUGGAUGUAAGGGUGGGUGACUAUAGACAUAUUUUAGAGAUUGUAAUACUUGUACCUUUUACAUGUGACACUAUAAUAAACUAAUUUGAAUUUGAAUUUAUAAUGUCAAACUCCUGUGGUUUACCUGGAAAGUUCAAGGAGGAGUACUGGGUUAGUGAGGCUUGACUGUAAUGGGUAUGUUGUUUCAAAGACUUGUGAUAUGUUCCCAGUUUUGGUUUGUUAAUUUUCCGAAUUCUGUGUGAAUCAUGGAUUUUGAAUUGAUAUGUGGUUACCUCUAACUUUGUAAGCCUAACUAUUAAUGUAGAAACAAUGCCUUGAUUUUGAUGUUGAUCAUGUGUUGCGUAUUAUCUGUUGAUCCAUUUGUAUACCUAUGUGUAGUGGGUAAUAUCUUGAGUCAAACAUUUUGCAAUUCUUUAGAGUUUAAAAAACUUAUUGAUGAGUCAUGAUUUUCAUACAUCUUGACAGCUGUAUUAAGUAAUCAGUAUGUGUCUAGACACUUACAAUUUUUAAUUAUCUAUAAUGUUUCCCCUUCUUGUGAUAACAAGAGUGUUCAUUAAACUUCAAUUUGAUUUUGAAAAUUUAAAAUGUCAAGAUAGCUAUGAUGGAAAUAUUUUUGAUGGUUUAUAGGCUUUCACUUAAAACGGAGAAAAUCAUUGUAUAGUAAAUAUAAGUAGUGUAGAAAGUUACAAAUGAAAAUAACUCUUUAGUUUGGCUCGGGUAACCAGACUGACUCAGGUAUGCUGAGAAACUCGGGUAUACUGAGUGACUCUGGUAUCCAGAGUGACUCAGGUGUGCUGAGUAACUCUGCUAUAUUGAUUGACUCUUGUAUCCAGACUGACUCAGGUAUAUGCCAUGAGUGACUCGGGUAUCCAGAGUAAUUCGGGUAUCCAGAGUAACUCAGGUAUGCAUGCUGAGUGACUUGGGUAUCCAUGAUUCGGUUGUGGUAAAUGGCUUGAGUGAUGUCCUUGACUCAGGUAUGGUAACCUUGGUAUCCUGAGUGACUCGAGCAUCUAAGAGUGACUGGGAUAUGCUGCAUGUGUGACUCAGGUUUCCAUAGCGACUCAGAUAUAUUGAGAAAGUGCUAAUCAGCACUUCUAAUAUAACUAGUUACAUUCAAAUGCUAUCAUUAAUAUUGUGCAAGCAUAACAGACUGUGGCUUCUGAGAAGCAGAGUACAUAAGAUAUAGACAACAAUGUUACAUUCACUGUAUAAGAUGUUAACAUUAUACAUGUAUGCAUAUGGUGUAAGCAAUACAACCUGCCUUGUUCAGACUUCACAGUUACAUGUAGCAGAAGAAUAUCUCAACUAGUGCUAUAUUCAUAGUGUAUUUAUGUCGGUAAACCAGUCCUGUCUGCAAAGUCAGAAUUUAAAAUGUCUUAUGUAUGAUAUUGAUUCUAUUGCAUAUAUACCUACAAUUGUUUUUUAUUUGCAAAUUAUAAAUUUCUGUAAAAUUGCACUUAUGAUUACCUCAGAUUUUUAUUUAUUUUGCUACCUGAAGUUUGAAUCAAACGACGGUGGCAAAUGACAUUAUUUUGUCAUUUAUAAUGACGUCACAUAUUGCCAUUGUAUAAAAGGCAUGAAAAAGAUCCAGAGCUCUUUUUCAUUUCAAGUCGUAGAUUUGAGAAGUUGAUAACAACCAAUAACUUAGGCUGUGUAAAGAACUAUAUCCUACUGAUAUACCAUCAAUAGUAUAUGUAAACAUUUUAUACCUGUAACUUUACCUGUACAAUGGUCUUCUGGUCACUGAGGGAAAAUAACCAAGUAAACAAUAGCUAAAAUAGUAACUACACGUGAUACUGGCAUAAACAUUGAACUGCACCUGACAAGCUUCGACAUAAAAACUUAAUCACUGUUGGGAAUGUGACAUGUGUGCAGUGGUAAAGUUGAAAUGUUGUGAAUUCAUAAAAUAUUUCUGAAAAUAUUAUAUGGAUUAAUUAUUACCAGUUCAAACUUUGUACUUAUGUUUGUUAAGACAAAAAGAUGUCUGCCAAUUACUGGUUAAGGUUUUGACCUUAACCAGUAAUAGGUUGCUUACUUUAAAAAAUGUUCACCAUCAAUUUGUUACUUAGUAACAAAUGAAAUGCCACCAAACCAACCUAUGUGUGUAGAAGUAGCAAAGCUGGUACAACAAUGAAGUGCCAUUCGGUUCUAGGCUACAGGUCAAAGGUCACAAGUUUUCUUCCAAAGAAUGUAUUAAAAAAAGCAUUAUGCCUUGUUUUACAAACAUUAAACUAGUUUUAUAAUAAGUUUAUGGUCACUGUGUGUAUCCUUUCAAACGGCAAUGUUGUGAAUGUGUAAAAACAAUGUUAACUUUUCAAUAAAAUCAAUUUAAUUCUAUUAAAAUAUUGAU